GACGGCUGACCCGGGCCCUCCUCCACACCCCCGUCCUUCCUCGCCCCCUCCCUCUUCCCGGCACCGGGUUCAGCCGGCUAUAAGAAGCAGGAGAGCGCGGUGCCCCAGCAACGACUAGGUCCAGCACCAUGGAGAGCUCCCGCCUGCGGCUGCUGCCCCUCCUGGGCGCCGCCCUGCUGCUACUGCUACCUUUGCUGGGUGUCCGUGCCCAGGAGGAUGCCGAGCUGCAGCCCCGAGCCCUGGACAUCUACUCUGCCGUGGACGAUGCGUCCCAUGAAAAGGAGCUGCCAAGGCGGCAACUUCGGGCUCCCGGCGCUGUGUUGCAGAUUGAAGCACUGCAGGAAGUCCUGAAGAAGCUCAAGAGUAAACGCAUUCCGAUCUAUGAGAAGAAGUACGGCCAAGUCCCCAUGUGUGACGCCGGAGAGCAGUGCGCAGUGCGGAAAGGGGCCAGGAUCGGAAAGCUGUGUGACUGUCCCCGAGGAACUUCCUGCAACUCCUUCCUCUUGAAGUGCUUAUGAAGGGUCAACAGCCUCCACCUUACGUUCCCACACCCCUUCUUUUCCCCACAGGAUCACUCUUUUACCCUGGAACCUGGCUUUAGCAACAAUAAAGUCUGCAACCCCCUCCGAGGG